AUGUCACAAAUUCUUUUCGAUCGAUUACCCAUCGAGCUUAUUCAUUCAAUAUUUAAUUAUCUGUUAGCUAACGACAUCUUCUAUGCAUUAUUUAAUUUAAGUCCUUAUCUUGAUUUUAUUAUUACGAAUUAUGAUCGAUAUUAUCUCAACUUUAAAUCAUGUCGUAAAUCUCAAUUUGAUUUCGUCUGUCGUCAUAUUCGACCUGAUCAAGUCGUAUCACUCACAUUAUCCGACGCUAAUGACACACCAGAUCAAUCGAAAUUAUUUUUUUCUUACUUCAAAGACAUCGAACAUUUCGUUCAACUUCGAUCUCUACGAAUAAUUCAAAUUGAUAAGAACUCAUUGAAACCAUUAUGUAUCGGUCUUAGUCAGCUCAAACUUCUCUCCUCCUUGGAAUUCACUCAAGUACAUUCAGUAUCUGAACAAUUUAAUAAUGUAAUUGUACAGCUGUUUCCUCAGCUCAAUCGUCUUAUCCUUUAUGAUGCUCGACAUCUCACUGCUACUACUACAACAACUCAUCCAUUCUCUCGCCUUCGUCAUUUGACACUUGGUGAAUGUUGGUUCGUUCAUUUACAACGUAUUUCUCAUCUAGCACCAAAUCUGACUUCGCUCGACAUUAAUGUUCAAGAAAGUACUACAUGA